AGCGCUGACAAGAGUGGGCACAUUUUAUCUGGACGGUGAUUGCAUCGACAGCCUCGCAGCCAUGGACAUUGAAGUGGAAUCCGCAGACAUAAUUCGUCUGAUCAUGCAAUAUCUCAAGGAGAAUAAUCUCCACCGCACUCUGGCGACGCUCCAAGAGGAGACGACCGUGUCCCUCCAUACAGUCGACAGCAUCGACAGCUUCAUUGCGGACAUAAACAACGGGCAGUGGGAUAUAGUGUUGCUCGCAAUCCAAUAUCUGAAACUUCCUGACAAGCUGCUCAUUGAUCUCUAUGAACAGAUUGUGUUGGAGAUGAUUGAGUUGAGGGAGCUGGGAGCAGCCCAGUGCUUACUGAAACAAACAGAUCCCAUGAUCAUGCUGAAGCACACUCAACCUGAGCGCUACUCGCACCUGGAGACUCUUCUCACCCAACCAUACUUUGACUUACAAGAGGCAUAUCCAGUGGGCAGCAGCAAAGAGAAGCGCAGACUGGCUAUCUCUCAAGCUUUUGCAGGAGAGGUCUGUUUGGUGCCACCCUCUCGUCUCAUGGCUCUACUGGGCCAGGGUCGUAUAUGUGAGGGGGCUCUGUACAGGUUACAGGAGACCAAAGCACUAAGGCAGUUUGGCUCAUUAGCAAUGCUGUCUCUGAAGUGGCAGCAGCAUCAGGGACUCUUGCCUCCAGGUAUGUCAUUGGAGCUGUUCCGGGGAAAAGGUGCAUUGAAGGACAUGGAGGAAGAGCGCUUCCCUACUCAGCUCAGUCGCCUCAUAAAGUUUGGCCCAAAGUCCCAUGUAGAGUGUGCUCGAUUCUCUCCUGAUGGACAGUACUUGAUUACUGGAUCUGUUGAUGGUUUCAUCGAGAUCUGGAACUUCAGCACUGGUAAAAUUAGGAAGGAUCUGAAGUACCAAGCUCAGGAUAAUUUCAUGAUGAUGGAUGAGGCUGUGCUGUGUCUGGCAGUCAGUCACGACUCAGACAUAAUCGCCUCUGGAGCACAGGAUGGGAAGAUUCAGAUUUGGAGAAUUCACAAUGGGCAAUGUCUAUGCAGAUUCGAGCGAGCCCACAGCAAAGCGGUCACCUGUCUCUGUUUCAACAAGGACAGCAGCCAAAUAUUAAGUUCCUCCUUUGACCAGAUCAUCAGACUCCAUGGUUUGAAAUCAGGAAAGACACUGAAGGAGUUUAUAGGCCAUACAUCUUAUGUAAAUGAUGUUAUCUUCUCACACGAUGGCCACCAUGUCAUUAGUGCAUCGGCGGAUGGCACAGUAAAGAUCUGGAACAUGAAGACAAUGGAUUGCACCCACACAAUAGAAACACCUGACAUUCCUGAGGGUAAAGACAUCACUGUUAACAAUGUUGUGCUCGUUCCGAAGACCCCUGAGCACUUUGUGGUGUGCAACAGGACCAACACAGUAGUUGUUACGAACAUUCAUGGCCAGGUGAUGAGGAGUUUUUGUUCAGGCAUAAGAGAGAAGGCAGACUUUGUGUGCUGCACGUUGUCUCCGCGUGGAGAGUGGAUUUAUUGCGUGGGAGAGGACUAUGUGCUGUACUGCUUUAGCACCAUCACGGGCAAGCUGGAGAGAACCCUCACGGUACAUGAAAAAGAUGUUAUUGGCAUAACUCACCACCCCCAUCAAAAUCUCAUCGCCACUUACAGUGAGGAUGGUCUGCUCAAGCUCUGGAAGCCCUGAAUCCCUUCUUGCAUGUUCUGGACUCUUUCACAUGUCUUGG